AUGUCGACCCAAAUUGCCCCCAAUCCUACAUCCAAUACGGUUGCUGCCUUGCUACCCAAGCUCCACGACAAUGACCCAGACUUUCGCUUCAUGUCACUAAACGAUCUUUUCAAUGUCCUUAAUAAUGGGAAGCCCGAUUUCCUGUACAAUGAUUACAAUACAGCUGCAAGAACUGUUGAUGGCGUGCUCAAGACUUUGGACGACCAGAACGGUGAAGUUCAGAACUUGGCUAUCAAAUGCCUGGGUCCCCUUGUCUUGAAGCUCCCCAGUAGUAUUCUUGCACCCCUUAUCGAGAAGCUUUCAAACCUCAAUACGGAAAAUUCGGUAGAUAAUUCGAUACCCGCGAUGGCAUUACGGACAGUUGUAAUUACUCUCCCGCGACCUGUGAGUGGCGUUGCUGCGAGUAAAGAGGUGAGUGAAGCGUAUGCUGCGAUCAGCAGAGUCCUGAUACCUCGACUUGUUGGCCGCAUCGUAAAUUCAAAAACUGUCAAGCCUGUCAAGCUGCCCGCGCCGCCUCCUGGUAUGCUGGAUCUUACAGCAAGCAAGGAGCUUGACCCGGAAGCUGUUGAUGUUCUUAUCGAGGUAGUGCGAUGCUUUGGCCCUAUGCUCCAAGAGCCGGAAGUUGAAGCUCUGCAAGAGUUACUUAUUGGCAUUCUGGAAACUGAACGAGCUAGUUCUGUUGUCAAGAAGCGUGCGGUCGUUGCGGUAUCGAUUCUCGCACUUUACCUUACAGAUGUUGCCUUGAGCGGUUUCGUCACUCAUCUUAUGGAAAGUCUGAAAAAUCCGCACCUCACGGCUGUCCAGAGACGUCUGUAUAUAACGAUCCUUGGAUCCAUAGCCCGCUCAAUCCCGGCUAGAUUUGGCAAAGACUUGAAGAGUCUUGCUCCAUUCGUACUUGCUGCCCUCAGUCAGCAGGAACUUGAGGAUCAAAUGGAGAACGCAGCCGAAGAUGGUGAGCCAGAUCCUGAAAUUGACGACGUGCGUGAAUCGGCUCUUGUUGCGCUGGAAGGAUUUCUAGCUUCUUGCGGCAACGAGAUGAGGGCCUUUACCGAGGAAACUAUCGCGGCAGCACUCCGAUUCCUCAGAUACGACCCCAACUAUAAUGAUGAUGAUGACGAAGAAAUGGGCGGGACUCAACCUGAGGAUGAUGAUAUGGAUGAUUUUGGAGAUGAUGACGAUUAUGAAGCUGAAGCUGGAUUUGACGACGAUGACGAUGAUGCCAGCUGGAAAGUUCGUCGGUGUGCUGCAAAGACUCUCUAUACUCUUAUUUCGACCAGAGGAAGUGGUGAUCUUCUCGAUGAUGGGACUUUAUACACCCAAGUUGCACCUGUACUUGUCCAGAGAUUCAACGAGCGUGAGGAAAACGUUCGUCUGGAGGUCAUAGCCACCAUGUCUUCACUUAUUCGAAAGACUGGUGAAGGCGUUUUGGCCGGUUUCUCUGGAGAGGAAGCGGACUACAUUAGUCAUGCACCACAAGGCCGGAAGCGAAGACGAGAGAGCAGUAGUACGGCUACCUUUGAUACAAAGUCAUUGCUUUCAAUGUCAGCUGGUCUUACUUCACCUACCGUCGAGCCCGUUCCUGUCUCUGGCCCAAGGGCUGAUCUAGCACGACUGAGCCCUGCAAUCAUUAAGUCAACCACAAAACUUUUGAAGAGUAGCUCGAUUCCUACUAAGCAAGCUUUGAUCAAUUUGCUAGAUGAUAUUGUCUCUGUUCAGAACGGCGGUUUGGGUGAAUAUUUUAGUCAAAUAGUCGAUCCAAUAAUCGACGCGAUCAAGACUACGACGGGCUCUACUGGAUCUUCCGGUGCUAUUACAAGCGGUGGAGCUGCAUCUGCAACUCCAAAUACGUUGCGAGUUGCUGCACUUCGAUUGAUUGGGGAUAUUUCUAAGACCCAUUCUUCGAGUGUCUUACAGCCAUAUCUACCCAAGAUUGUUCCUGGGGUGGUUUCCGCUGUCAAUGACAAGUAUUACAAGAUCUCCAGCGAAGCGAUCGGAACAGUAGAACAGCUUGUCAAGGCUCUGACUCCUCCUAGAUCAAGAUUGGUCAACCAAAAUCACCAGUCCGAUAUCCAGCAACUUUAUAAAGCCAUUAUUAGUCGCGUCACUGCCACUGAUGCUGACCUUGAAGUUAGACAGCGUGCGAUUCAUGCCCUGGGAAUAUUGCUGGCUCGUACUGCAAGCCCAGAAGGAGAAUCGCUUCUUCCGCUUGGGGAUCGUGAAGCUGCAUUACAAAUUCUAAGUGAUAGACUCAAGAAUGAGACAACCAGACUUGCGGCCGUGCGAGCAAUUGAUACUAUUGCCGCUCUGACAACAUCUAAGGAUCAAUUGAAACCGGCAUGGAUUAGAGAAGUUUCCUUAGAGCUGGCUGCUCAACUUCGCAAGGCCGACAGAGCAUUGAGAGGCGCAAGCUUAGCGGCCUUGAAGAAUCUUGUUGUUGCGCCUGCAUCUCGAACCGCAUUGGACCCACCAACUAUUCAGGGGCUUGUCAGUGCACUUCUCCCUCUCCUCACUACCGACGACCUCCACUUACUCGGGCCCGCUCUUGUCGUCUUGGCAACUCUAGCUACGGAUAACGCUAAGCUUGUCGUUACCACCCAGCUAACUACCGCUCUCUGUGGUCUCUUGACUGCACCUUUGGGUGGUGCUGUGCUUGAUGCGGUCCUCCUUCUCGUUUCCAAGAUUGGCGAAAAGGGCGUUGGGAAACAGCUAAUGCAGGGUCUUCUUGCCAAUGUCAGUAUCAAUGGUGACCCUGCAGUGGUCGGAAAGGUGAUUGGAACGUUGCUGGUAUAUGGAGGCUCUUCUGUUGGCGUCAGCAUCGACAAUUUCUUGACAGAAAUCACCAAUCCCAGCUCUGAUGAUGCUCGGCGAAGCUUGGCUCUUGCCGUCCUCGGCGAGGCUGGACUCCGUCUUGGUGGAAAAUCGCCUCUGCAGCCUUCAACUUUCAUGAUGCAGUUUGGAUCAACAUCUGAUAAGGUUCCCAUUGCAGCUGCGAUUGCAUUGGGCAGGGCUGGUGCUGGUAAUGUUCCCGUCUAUCUCCCAGAGAUUUUUUCGGUCAUGGACAAGGGAGGCAAUGGUCAAUACUUGCUGCUACACUCCAUUAAAGAGAUUCUGCAGCAGGCUAGCAAUCACCAGGCAGAUAUCAGCAAGUAUACUGGACAAAUUUGGGAUAGAUUGCUCGUUGCUUCACAAGUUGAGGACAACAAGGCAGUUGGCGCUGAGUGCAUUGGCAGAAUCGCAAUUAUUGAGCCCAAGGCGUAUAUGCCAAAACUACAGACAUUACUUCGUUCACAGACACCAACGGUCCGUGCAAUGACUAUCCAGGCGAUUCGUUAUACUCUUGCCGACAGCGACGAGACAUUCGACACUGUUCUCAAGACAACACUGAUCGACAUGCUUAUCACCAUGCUUCGUGAUCCAGAGCUAGAGAACAGCCGUCUCGCUCUGACUACGUUGAACUCGGCCGCCCACAACAAGCCAGACCUCAUUAUCCCCAACCUAGGAACCCUCUUGCCACUUGUGAUGAAGGAGUCUAUCAUCAAGCCCGAAUUGAUUCACGAAAUCAUGAUGGGACCGUUUAAGCACAAGGUCGAUGACGGUAUUGAAGUUCGCAAGAGCGCAUAUGAGACACUUUACUCACUCAUGGAAAUUGCUUUCUCUCGCAUCAAUAUCCUCGACUUCUACGAUCGAGUUAUUGCCGGCCUGCAAGAUGAUCAUGACAUCCGCGCCCUUUGUAAUCUCAUGCUUACCAAGCUCGUGCUUCUCGACCCCGAUGAGACAGCCCGUCGUCUCGACGCCAUUGCCAGCUGUUUCCGCGCCAUCCUGUCAAUCAAGCUCAAGGACAAUGCCGUCAAGCAGGAGAUUGAGAAGCAGGAAGAGGCUAGCAGGAGCGUGUUGCGCGUUACACUACUGCUGCAUAGUGCUAUUCCGGGUGCUAGUUCGGGAAUGGGUAUUCAGGGUAGCCAGCACCAGGUUUGGCGAUCUUACUGGGAAUGGGUGGAGAAGGAUUUCGAGAGCCAGUUGAGGGCGUUGAAGGAUGAGGGUAGGGAGUGA